CUUCCUUCCUCCUCCUCCGCCUCCUCUUCCUCCUCCUCUUCUUCCACUGGCCAACUCAUUCACCUCCAAGCCGUCUCGAAGUGCAGAGCCACCAAAGUCUCCACACCCACACCCGCGCCCACGUCAACACACCUCCCUAAGCUCCUGCCAGCCACCCCCACCUAAGUCUGGGCCAUCCUGCACCUGCCAAGGGGGCUGCUGACUGCUAAGAGGACCUUUUGCCUCUUCCCCUGCAGCCUCUACCAUCCACUCCUGUCAUCUGCCUGCCCAGCCAUCCUCCACUUCCAUCUACCAUGCUCAGGGCGUGUGAACCGACUGUUCCUACGGACUACAACAGUUCACAAGAUGGCGGACCCACCGAGGAGACGCUGCAGGAGUCAGUGCAGGAGACGUUGGACGUGUUGCACGAGGUGGUUUACCGCUACCUCAUCCCGACACUCGUCUCCGUCAACCUCUUCACCAACCUGCUGAACGUGGUCAUUCUGGGCAGCCUCGGGCGGCGGCAGCAGCGGCCGCAGCAGCAGGGUCAGGCCACCACUUUCCGUUACCUGCUGUGGUUGGCCGUCACCGACGUGCUCGUCUCACUCUUUCUAGUGCCCGCCCUCAUCCACCUCAGACGCGACGACCUCCCCUUCGGCUGGGCCUUCUACUACGCCCAUCUAGAGACACCCAUCCUCAACGCCCUCACCAGCACCAGCGCCUACAUCAUGGUGGGCCUGUCUGUGGAUCGCUUCGUCGCCGUGUGCUACCCGCGCCGCUAUUGUGCCAUCAGCGCCCCCCGCCUCGCCAACAUACGUAUCGGCCUGUCACUGCUGGUGCCCGUGCUGCUCUACGUCCCGCACGGCUUUUUCCAGCAGGUGACCUGCAACGCCAACGGCACCGGCUGGAACUACCAGGGCGCGGAAAUGGCCUCCCGCACCGCCUGGUUCGUGUGGCAAGUCGUGGUGGAGCUGUUCCAUCGCCUCGCUCCCGCCUCUCUCCUCCUCUUCCUCAACAUCCGCAUCAUCUACGCCUUCAGAAAGCUGAUGGCACGCCGAAAGAACAUCACUAGUGGCAAGGAGGAGGGGAGCGGGAAGGCCCAGCAGGAGCAGCACCUAGUCUACACGCUCGUCGCCAUCGUCACCACCUUCCUGCUGUCCAAUCUGCCCGCCGCCGUCCUUGCCCUCAUCGACACAGCCGGCUCCGACUAUGGCCCCCUCGCCGUUGAGAUAUUCCGCGCCGUGGCUAACUCCCUGGAGGUGCUCGGCUCGUCGCUCAACCUCGUACUGUACUUCUGCUUCGUGCCGGACGUGCGCCAAGAGAUGCUGCGGUGCCUCCGGCGGGUCAGAGGAGGCGCCAGAGGAAUGUUGGAUCACGCCAAGACCUCACACUGCUCUUCCUACUCCACCACCGACGACAAGCCAUCCAAGGCGACGGAGUGUGUGGAGAUCUAGUAUAGAGGAUAUGCAUAUAGAGGUUGUCAUCCUAUAGAGAUGUGAGGUGGAGGUAUCAGACGCAUGGGGGACGAGGAAGAUAUGGAGUUGGCAUCGUGUGUGUAAACGUAAGGUUCUGGAUGGCUGUAUUGAUUGGAUUUGGGGAUGACCUUUCGUGUGUGCAGAUUCAGAGUAGUGAUAGCAGGAUGUGUGAAGGACUAGGACCUACAGAUAAGAAAGUAAGAGGGUCCCGGCAGGCUGCAUUAAUUAGGGUUAUGAAUGAUCUCGUGCGUAUAGACUCAGAGGGUUGUUGGCAGGCCAGGUGAGGAAAAACGUAUACAUAUAGGUAGGAAAUUGGCCUCAUGAGUGGAACGCGAGGUGACGGCAGGCUGUGCGGAGGUCAGGCAUUAUCUCAUGUGUGUUUACUAUCUGGGGAACAAGGUAAAUAGGAGGUUGUGCUCUUAUAUGGGAACGGGAGUACUGACGAACCAUGUGGGAGUCAGACAAGACGUCUCCUCUAAGAAGAUAAUGUUAAGUACUGACAGACUUCAGGGACAAGUAAUACAGCAGAAUGUGGCUGUCGAGGCGUCGGAAACCGUUGAGCACCAUUCCAAAGGCAUGAGUGGGGAAGUGAACACAGUGGACCCGUGACCAGCACUGUACAGAUCAAGGGUUCUCAAACUGGGUACGCGACGUGCUCUGAGUUCCUGUUUAAAUUAGAGAACCGCUGGUAGAUUAGAUACUCACUCGGCUCGCUGAACUUAUCUAGUCUAUGAAGCAAUGACUUUGUGAUAACGUAGCGCAAUCUUUAUGACAGAUACCGAGUGUGGGGAGACUCACUUAUUCCUCUCCACACUCAUGCAAUUAUCUAGAACGUACGGAAGGGGGAAGGGGAGGGGAAGGGAGGCUUCCGGUCUGAACAAACGUGAAAGAUACACUGUAUGUUUGCUGUAUGUAAUGUUAGCUUAUAGGAAUAUUAUUAAAGAGUCAGUGUAACGCUUAUAAGGCCUUGAAUCAUUUGAAUGUGUACACCCGACGUCUUUCUGUUUCUUAUGAGAGUAACCAGACGAGAUCAUUUUUUUAACAUUAUAUAGACACGGUUACCUGUAUUCAUAUAUUGCAUUGACCAUUUCCGCUAUUACAUGAAAAUGCUUGGAUCCACCCUCCUCUGUUGUCACAUUCCGCAACAAUGGACCACUCACCUCAGCCUUGGACGCAGCAACAGGCAAUGUAGGCAAGGCACACGACACAGAUUGCUCUCUCCCGGUGCUGCACUGCUAAAGGUUUACCGGCGGGAGACGACAGAUAUAGAUUUACCCCUUGACCUAAGUUAUGCGCCUCCGAAAUAAAAUCGCUCACUCCCAGGACCCCAUUGCUAGGUAUACAGGUGAGGGAGAAUACAGAUUUUCACCUUGACCUAAGUUUAUAAUUUUUGGAUGUGUUACUCCGAUGCCAAGGUUUUAGUUCAUGGGCAUUUCGGCGCCCGAGCACACACAUUUGUCAAGGCAUUCUUAGGAGUUGCAGAUAUUUCCAUGGGUAGUUUUAUGACUUUAUGGGUAUUUUUAUGACUUUUAUGGUAGUUUGUCAAAGGUACUGUACCAUGAACGUGAAAAAAGGACUCAUGAAAACCCGACUAAUCACCUUUUCGGGCCUUGGAAAGAGUUGACGUGGAAGUCGGAAACGUCUGAGCAUACCUACCAUGCAGCUGACGUGAGAGGCGGAAGGAUACCAACCAAGGGUCCUGAGGUUGGGCAGGUUUGACCCCCCUGAGUUGUCGCUUCUCCCUUCAGACACACAUCCUGUUCAGGCCUGACUAUGACAGAGGAAGAAAAGGGUGUGUAUGCCAGUUUGUACAUGCCCCUCCACUUAGUACGCACGUCAAACGAAAUUGCGGUAUGGAUAGAAUACAA